GGUCCCAUUAAACCGAUUGCUGCUCUGAAUGUUCUGUAUUGCUGGUCCCCUGAGUGUGACAAGGCCUUUGCCCGGCAGAAGUUAAUCCUCAGUUCGUAUCCACUGCCCACGCACUAUGACCUGACACUGUUGAUCUUCGUCACUGCAGAUUCCUCCGAUCAUAGCAUGAGUGCCGUAAAUUCGCAUACUUUUCCCGACGGGUCCGAAAAGAAAAUCCACAAGCUGUUAUGUGGUGGUCAUUUAAAGUUGUUGAAUGACCAUAGACCCUUGCUGUCAGUCGUCGGUCCGAAAAAAGGCCUUUCAGUCUAUUCAGUCAGCCUACUUCCACGAUGA